AUGCGCAUCGUCGACGAGUUCUGCGAGGCCUCUGGUGCGGCGCUGAACCUCGCAAAGUGUGUGACAAUCUACCUGGACGAGACGCUGCUCGACGACGACGACGAGGUCGCCACCCCAGCAGAAGCAGUACCUGUACCAGCAGCCGACGUGACCGUCGCUCAAGCCGCGCCCGCUCCGGCAGCUGAUGGGGCCGCAGCGCCUGCUCCGGCAGAGGCGGAGGCGGUCUACCGGGACGACGCGGUCGAUCCCGAUACGAUUCUGACGCCGUAUCCAUCGCCGGGGAAGACGUCGACGCCGACGAUGAGACCGACGAUGCCGACGCGCUGGCGCCCGAAGCAGAGGCCGCUGCACUCGUGGCUGCUGAUGCCCAAGAACCCGCUCGCGCGCCACCCGAAGAAGCACCAGCCGCCGCGCCGCCCGAGAUGGCCCAGCCCGCCGCGCCCGAAGCUAUCUCUGCAGCCAUCAUUCGCGCAGCGACUAUUACGAGAAAACUGA